AUGAAAUUUAACUCAACAAAAACUAUUAUAUCAAUCUUUUCUCUAUUGAAGCUAGCCGACUUGAGACUACCAGAAUCAUCUAGAUCCGACACAUACAGACCAACAUUCUCAGCGAGCAGUGUCCCAUAUGAUAGUCAGAAGGUUUCAGUACACGAUGCCGAAGACCUUGAAGAGGACUAUGACAGCAGUGAAAAUCAAAGUUAUCCCAUCAGAAGUGACAGUAACAAAGCAGCAUGCAGUCAGGCCAAUGUUCCUUGCAUUACAUCAUACAACAUUAAUAUUUUCUCUGUUCUUUCAGAACAACUGAGUUUUGCCAUUAUCAGAGAUCUUCUCAACGACGAGGAUUUUGUUUAUGUUCUUAGAGAACUAACUAAGCACAUGUCCUACAACAGAGCGGAGAUAGACUCGGCUAUUGAUGAAAUUUCCUCGAGAAUAACACUCAAGGAUAUUCGAGAUCUUUUCUCGCAGAACAUCAAUGGGGAGCGUGUUCCAAGACCAGCGGAAGAGAUUUUAGGCAUGCUUUCUGAGGCAGUUUCUUUUUAUUGUGCUGAAUUUCCAGUUCUCGAGCCAAUUUCAUAUUAUUUAAACAUUAUUGUGGAGAUAGCUCAAGACCGCUUCUCGAGGAUUGUCAAGAAUGAUAGCCUGGCGGACAUUUACGAUGAGAAGUAUGCCGAAACAAUCUUUAAGCUCUUCCUUGUCAAUUUGUACAACAACAAUGGGGAUGCUAGCAUUCCCAUCUUUUCCAGAGAGGCUGAAAAGCUGUUGAGUAAGGAACAGAAGAAGGAAUUGAGCGAGAAAGUCAUUGAGUAUGUCAAAUCUGGCCUCGAUCCCACCAAUGAGCAGAGAAUAGUUGUCGAUAAUAUCCGUCCAUACUUCCUGAAUCUUGCACAAAAUAUCUUAAGCCUUAGCAAUCACCUCAUUUCAGCCUUAAAUGAAAAAGAUGACGAGAAGGUUGACUAUUACUUUGAUUUGCUGAUGGAGGAAUUCAAAAUGUUCCAUGUUUACAACUACGGAAAUUAA